UCCAGACUUACAAAAGCAAAGGAACUGAUGCCAUUCCAGACUUACAAAAGCAAAAGCAAAGGAACUGAUACCCCACAGUUACAGCCCCCCUCACACCUCUCCCCAGAACAGGAAAGAGAGGGCUCUGGGCUGCUCCGUGAGCACUUAUUUCUCUCUGUCCCUGCUCUUCUGGGUAAUUUCCACGUGAUUCAGCUGUUUGAACGCCGGGGUUAACUGCGUCAGUCAGCCCCUCUGGAAACCACAGCCGCCUCUGGGGCCGGCAGAGGCAGCCUGGGCAGAAGGGCACGCAGAGGCACUCGGGGACACCAGACCUCUGCAGAAUGCUCAGCACACCCCGGGCCCCCAGGACAGGUCUGUGAUACCUCCUGUCAGCAAAGCCAAUUCACACAAGGAGUUUACAAUGUCAAGCAACUUUUCUGAAUGUCAUCUCCAUGAAGAAAUGGAGCCUUUUACCUAUUUUUACUACUUGAUUUUUCUUAUGGGAAUUAUUGGAAGCUGUUUUGCACUGUGGGCAUUCACACAGAAGGACCAGAAACAGAAAUGCAUGAGCAUCUACUUAAUCAACCUCCUCACUGCAGAUUUCUUGCUGACUUUGACACUGCCAGUGAAGAUUAUUGUUGACCUAGGAAUUGCAUCCUGGAAUGUGAGAAUAUUCCACUGCCAAGUCACGGCCUGCUUCAUCUACCUGAACAUGUAUUUAUCCAUCAUAUUUUUGGGAUUCGUGAGCAUGGAUCGCUGCCUCCAGCUGAUGCACAGCUCUAAGGUCUACCGCAUCCAGGAGCCUGGCUUUGCCAAGACCCUGUCAGCAGUGGUGUGGGUCAUGCUUCUCCUGAUAACGGUGCCCAACAUGGCCAUUCCCACGAAACACAUCGAGGAACGGCCUGGCGUCAGCUGCAUUGACUUCAAAACGAAGUUCGGGAGGGACUGGCACGUGUUCACCAAUUUCGUCUGCACGGCGAUAUUCCUGAACUCCUCGGCGGCGAUCCUGGUGUCCAACUGCCUGCUGGUGAGGCAGCUGCGCCGGCACGGGCGCGGCGAGCGCGGCGGGCGCGUGCGGGCGGCGCUGGCGCACGUGCUGCUGGUGACGGCCGCCUACCUGCUGUGCUUCGUGCCCUACCACGCCGUGCGCAUCCCCUACACGCUGAGCCAGGGCAGCGCCAGCGCCAGCUGCCCGCUCCGCCGCGCCCUCUUCAAAGCCAAGGAGUCCACCCUGCUCUUCGCCAUCGCAAACCUCUGCUUGGACCCCGUCCUCUACUACCACCUUUCCAAAUCCUUCAGGCUGAAAUUCACGGAGGCCUUUGCAGCCCCCAAGGAGGCCACGGCGCUCAGGGCCGCCGAGGAGGCGCAGCAGCAGAGCUGCAGCCUGCCUGGGGACACGAGCAGAGCCUGCCCGCCCGCAGCACCUGCAGCUCUGCGUGACUGCAGCACUGCCGACAGCGCUCCUGCUGAGCCCUGAGCCCAGGCGUGAGGAAAACACCGCCAGGGCACAAGGAAAACACCACCGAGGCACGAGGAAAACACCGCCGGGACACACCUACGGCUCUGUGACCCCCUCACACAGCGCCCUGGGCACACAGCCUCCAGGGAUGCCCUCACCAGCAGCUCAAAGCACAGUGCUGACCCACCAGGUGUGAGAAUCCGUGUUCAGACUCAAACAUGCCUUGGAAUUAUUUAUGGCAGACACCUGGACCCGCCUUUACUAAGUUAAAUGUUGUGCAUUUACUGUAUUAAAGGACUUGGUGCUAUCAAGUGAAGAAAUUAGUAAACCGCAGUUCUUCAGCUGCAAAGCUGAUUUGACAAGAUUAACCAAAAAAGCAUUUUAGAGGGCAUCGUUUACUCCAAAAAGGGAUUUUAAAAUGCACUGAUUAAAAAUUAUUGUAUC